AUGUCAGUCCACGCCAACGGCCACACCCCACCCCAACCCUUCACAAAAAACCCCUUCAAAACAAAAACAGACCUCCGAUCCGCCUGCCACGCAAUCCUAAACCCCCUCCUCCCCCUCUUCACCCCAGGCAAAAGUCGCAUAAAAAUAGGAACAUCAACAACCCGCUUCGACGAAGGCGGCGCCCAGAUAGAGGGGUAUGCGCGCCCACUCUGGGGUUUGGCGUCGCUACUCGCAGGCGGACAUGAAUCCGAAUACCCCGAGGCAGAGCGCUGGCGCCAGGGUCUGAUUAACGGGACGGACCCUGAGAGUCCAGAGUUCUGGGGGAAGAUUGAGGAUUUGGAUCAGCGGAUGGUUGAGAUGUGUCCUAUUGGGUUUGCGCUUGCUGUUGCGCCUGAUACCUUUUGGGGGCCUUUGACUGAGGGGCAGAGGGGAAAUGUUGGGGCUUGGCUGGCUAGUAUUAAUGCCCGGGAGAUGCCGAAUACUAACUGGUUGUGGUUUCGAGUCUUUGCAAAUUUAGGAUUGAGGAAGAAUGGAGCUGAAUAUUCUCUUUCCCGGAUCGAAGCUGAUAUGGAUCAUCUUGAUUCAUUCCAUGUUGGUGGGGGAUGGAGUAAUGAUGGACCUAAGAGUCAUCACCAGAUGGAUUAUUACUCAGGUUCAUUUGCCAUUCAGUUCUUGCAACUUCUUUACUCGAAGUUGGCUGGAGAUUUUGAUCUGGAGCGUGCUGAACGCUAUCGUCAGCGGGCGAAGGAGUUUGCGAAGGAUUUCGUGUACUACUUUGAUCCUGAUGGUAGCUCUAUCCCCUUUGGCCGCUCAAUGACAUACCGUUUCGCCAUGGUCGGGUUUUGGGGAGCGCUAGGUUUCGCAGACGUCGAGCUCCCAGCACCAUUAACCUGGGGUGUCGUGAGAGGAAUCCUCCUCCGUCAUUUCCGAUGGUGGUCGACACAGGAAGACAUGUUCAACAAUGACGGCACACUCAGCCUCGGAUACUCAUACGCCAACAUGUAUCUGACAGAGAACUACAACUCUCCGGGAUCGCCAUACUGGUGUUGUCUGUCAUUCAUCCCACUGGCAUUACCAGAGACACACCCGUUUUGGUCCGCGAAAGAAGAGCCAUAUCCCCGCUCCUCUCUUCCAGAAGUGGUAGCCCUCAAAUACCCCAAACACAUCGCGAUCCGCCGUGGCGGACACUCGUUUCUGCUUUCGUCUGGCCAGGCAUGCCACUACCCUCUCAAAGCAACGCAGGCCAAGUAUGGCAAGUUCGCAUACAGUUCUGCAUUUGGAUACUCUGUUCCAACGGGGGGCUAUCAGCUCGAGCAGCACGCGCCGGAUAGUAUGCUCGCCCUAUCCGAUGACAGCGGCGAUAUUUGGCAGACGAGAAGGCUAGCGCUGGAUGCACGAUUCGAGGAACCUGAAGGGAAUAGCAUCCCAAUCCUGGUAUCUAGCUGGAAACCAUGGCCAGACGUCGAGGUUGAAACGAUUCUCAUUCCGCCGACAGCAGAAAAUGAGAAUUGGCAUCUGCGCGCUCAUCGCGUGCGCACUGGUCGCGCAUUGCAGACUUCCGAGGGUGCAUUUGCUAUUUAUGGAUGUCGUAGUGACAACGGACGGAUUCUGGGCUCUAUGAUUGAAGGUGAAUCCGAGGGGACGAUGCAUGAGGACCGGAGCAGCCUGGUGGUUUCAUCGGCAGGGGCUGUCGGCAUUGUUGAGCUACACUCGGACAUUGGACGUGCUGGUCGGAUUGUGCUGGCAGAUCCAAAUUCGAAUAUUAUCCAUGGGCGCACACUUUUGCCGUCGCUUACGGUGGACAUGGUGCCUGGCCAGGCCUGUUGGUUCGUGUCGGCAAUCUGUGCUGUACCCGAUCAUGGGCGGGAUUGGAAGGCGGCCUGGGAGCAAAAGCCGAUUAUCCCUGGGUGGCUGAGGAAGCGGAUGGAGAGUGGGUGA